AUGUCGAACAACAAGGCAGAAGGAAGGCGCGAGGAUGCCUUGGCUAAGCAGCGCAAUCAAAUGCGCGAGGAGUUUGAACGGCAGAAGCAGUCUCUCAUCAACGAAACGGAGAAGGCUCGCCCCUCAUCCAACCGUUUCGUCGGCCAGAAUGACUCCAUGGAGGAUACGCUCAAGAAGAGCACCGUUGGUCUUGUCAAGCUAGAGGACUUCCAACAGCGACGGAAGGAACUCGAGGAGGCAAAGGCUAGAGAAGCUGCACGGACGAGCGAGCUGAAGUAUGUCGUAGAUGAGCAAAAGAAGGCGAAAAAGCGGAAGAAGGCGGCAAAGUCAACGCUCUCCUUCGCCAUGGACGAGGAGGGAGAAGGCGAGGAUGACGCCGACAACGGAGAGCAGCCCGCUAAGCGGCCCAAGUCGCGCAAGAAUCCCAAUGUCGACACGUCGUUCUUGCCUGACCGCGAACGCGAGGAGGCAGAGCGACAUCAGCGCGAGGAGCUCCGACAGGAAUGGCUGAGGAAGCAAGAGGAGAUGAAGCAAGAAGAAAUUGAGAUUACAUACUCAUUUUGGGAUGGCAGCGGUCAUCGUAAGAGCGUGAUGUGCAAGAAAGGCGAUGAAAUAGCUACAUUCUUGGAGAAGUGCAGGCAGCAAUUCCCUGAACUUCGAGGUGUCAGCGUUGACAAUCUCAUGUAUGUGAAGGAGGACUUGAUCAUCCCACACCACUAUACCUUCUACGACUUCAUAGUCAACAAGGCCCGUGGCAAGUCUGGCCCGUUGUUCAAUUUCGAUGUUCACGACGAUGUUCGCCUGCUGGUUGACGCCACCAUUGAGAAGGACGAAUCGCAUGCGGGGAAGGUCGUGGAAAGAAGUUACUAUCAGCGAAACAAACAUAUAUUCCCUGCGUCGAGAUGGGAGGUAUACGAGCCAGAGAGGAAUUACGGGAAGUAUACGAUAGCUUGAUCGUCAUCGCAAGACCUCUACUCGCAAACAUAUCUAUCGUUCUCGUACCCGCACGUCUUUUGUCGUUGCAUCAUGGCUUUCCCGUGUUUGUACGUCGCUCGCUGAACUAUCAGCACCGUGAAUAGUAACUGCGCUAUUCGCUCUCCAUGCCACAUGUAUCACUAUUCUACGAGCCAAGGUCUUCGUUGCCCCUCCGCCGGAGAUGUUCUCUUUAAAGUUGCCUAGGCCAGGCUCAUAGACUUCCGUCUACUCAUCCGGCGCAGGAUAUAUAUUAUCAACGGCAUCGUGUAGUAAUACUUUG